CAAACAUGGCCGAAGCUAUGGAUUCGGCUUUUGAUUUCCUUCAUAUGGAAGUUGUGAACUAUAUCCAUCGCGAAAGGCAAGGGAAAUAUAUUGAAAGCGAUUCUAUGCAAACUCUUGAACGAAUGGGCUAUAACGUUGGUCAAAGACUAGUAGAGAGAUGUACCAAAGACUCCCCAAGGUUCAAGGACGAGUUGGACAUUAUGAAGUUUGUGUGCAAAGACUUCUGGACAGCUUUGUUUAAGAAACAGAUUGACAACCUGCGAACAAACCAUCAGGGUGUCUAUGUUCUACAGGACAACAAAUUUAGRCUUCUAACACAAAUAUCUAAUGGGAAACAGUAUACAGAUGGUGCACCAAAGGUAUUGAAGUACAAACCACCUUCCUUAAACCUGUCUUACUUUACUAGCACURAUAAGGUUAUAGUGAGUGUAACAAACUAUGUAUCUUCAUUUUAA